CCCUGCAACAAAACUCUGCAAAAGCGCAGAAGAAAGAGAAACAAACAUCACACACAUGACAAGAGAAUAUCUGCAGAAAAAGAAAAAAGAAAACUUAUCUGAAAAUAAAAUCCCUAUUUGGAAUAAUCCUCUCACUUCAUUUUCAAUUUGAAUCAAAGUAAAUAAACUGAGCUGUUUGAAUUCAAUGAGAUGGCAUGCAUUUCACCCUUUGCCCCAUUAAUGACAUUUACUGCGUCGCCACUCAUUACCACCUCCAAGAACGUGACUUGACCUCUGUUCUUGAGGCCGAGGGCUGUGUGUAUAGUGCGUGUAUAGUGUGUGUAUAGAGGUAAAGUACGAUUUUUUUCAGGAGACAAAACAAUCUUUUCUUUGUGGGUCUACCGAAAUUCUCGUACCCAUUUGAAAAUUUUUGCUUCUUGUGGAUCUCAAGGGGAUGGAGACGACGUUUGUGUAGCUGCUUCUUCAAUCCACUGGUUUUGUUGAUAUUGCAGUUCACCUUGAUGGUUCCUAGCUAUCAAAUGUUCUUAAGUCUGUGAUAGUUUUCAUUUUGUUACUCAAAGAAAUGGAUGGCCGGCGGCAUUCUGUUGAUGUUCCUAUAUCAAGAACACUGGUAGCACUCAGGAGAGUGAGGUCUCUUAGGGAUCCAUCUACCAACUCUAUGAGCAAAUUUUCUGCCUUGGUUGACAAUGUGAACUGGGAAACAAAUUCCAUCAAUGGGAUCACUUUAGGAUUUGAAAAUAGUUUCCGCAGAGGCACAACUGAUAACAAUGUCCCAGGAUGUAGAAGGGAGGAGGAGCAACAUGUGAGUGACCACGAAUUAUAUUAUGGUUCAAGACAUUGUAAUCCAAGGUUGGUUUCUCCUGAAACAAUUGGGGGCACGGUUGGAAACGCAGGUUCUACACCUCAAAGGUCAUUUCAUGUUGGAGGCUCGGGUUCACAUCCCGUUAACCUGGACAUGGGGUGUAAUGAGAAAACAUUGAGUGAGCGACAUUGCAAAGAUUAUGAUGAUAAAGGAUUGGAAUUCACCCGUGUGACAGCUUCGGGUGACUGCAUCGAGGGUUCAGGUUCCUGCAACGAACCAGAUGAGAUACCAAAGCUAGCUGAAAAGAGGCGUCGUGGUGGGUCAAAAUGCAAAAUCUGGCAUCGGAAGCUUGAAGGAUUGUCUAGAGUAACAGCUGGUGAUGUUUCGAGCCGUGCAUCAAGUCCAUGCUUGUCUAUUCCUGAAGCUACAAAGGAACGUUCAAGUCAGGGAAUGUCAUUGUAUAGAAAUGAAGACGUUAGUUUGAUGGAGUCUUGUCAUCAAGGAUGCGGAAUAGGUAGCUGCUGGUCAAGAACUGCCAAAUUUAGAGAACCAAGUAUUCUUGCUGAUGUUGAGGAACAGCCUCUUUUGUUAGAGAAUGCUGGCCAAGUACUGGCAACUAGGGAGAGCAUGGACUGGAAGCACAAUCGUGAAGGAGUUAGUCCAUACAUGGGAAGUCCUAGAAAUCUCUGCCAAAAGUUUAUGCCAAAAUCAUUCGGCGAAUUAGUUGGGCAGAAUACAGUAGCAACCUCUCUGUUGAGUGCAAUCUCUAGUAGGCAGAUAAGUUCCUUAUAUCUCUUCCAUGGGCCCCGUGGAACUGGAAAAACAUCUGCUUCAAGAAUAUUUGCUGCUGCGUUAAAUUGUCUUUCUCCUGAGAUUACAGGACAGUGUGGCUUGUGCCAAGAAUGUAUUUCGUUCUUCUCUGGAAAGAGUAGGGAUGUUAAAGAAGUGGACUCAGUGAGAAUCAAUAGAAUUCAAAGGUGUGGAUCGUUUAUUAAGAAUGCAGGGGCUUCUCCAGUUUCCUCUCGAUUUAAGGUUUAUGUUUUUGAGGAGUGCCACCUGUUGCACCGAGAAACAUGGGCAAUUAUAUUGAACGGCCUUGAGGGGCUUCCUCAACAUGUUGUCUUCAUAAUGGUCACUCCUUACCUUGAUAAGCUUCCCCAUAGUGCUGUAUCAAAGUCUCAAAGAUAUCUUUUCCAAAAGGUCAAAGAAGCUGAUAUCAGCAGCAGGUUGCGGAAAAUAUGUGUUCAAGAAGGUCUUGACUUUGAUGAGGAUGCUUUAAACUUCAUAGCAAAUAAAUCGAAUGGUUCACUUCGGGAUGCAGAUAUGAUGCUUGAUCAGCUGAGUCUGCUUGGAAAGAAGAUAACUGUGCCAUUGGUUUAUGAAGUAAACGGAGUUGUUUCUGAUGAUGAAUUGCUUGAUUUACUAUAUCUUGCGUUGUCUUCCGACGCUUCAAAUACAGUAAAAAGGGCCAGAGAGCUAAUGAGAUCAAGAAUAGAUCCUUUGCAGCUGAUAGCACAAUUGGCAAAUCUCAUAAUGGACAUUCUUGCUGGGAAAUGUCCAGACGGUGUUUCUGAGGUCAGAAGGAAGCUUUUCGGAACAGAUAAUUCUGAAGCUGACAUGCAGCAACUAAGUCACGCGCUGAAAGUACUCUCAGAUACUGAGAAACAGUUGAGAAUGUCAAAGAAUCAGACAACAUGGCUCACCGUAGCUCUUCUCCAGCUAAGCUCUCCAGGAUCUUUGCGUGAUGUGAGUGAUGCGAGGUUGAGCAUGAAAACAUUACACCCACAAGAUGGUGACUUUCACAGCAGAUCAUCAACCGGCGAGAGUUUGAAGCUCCCUAUCGCAUUUGCUUGUGAGGAUGUUGGAUCUCGGAAAAUAGGAACACAGGAUGAUAAGGAAAUCUUGGAGUUGAUCUGGAUGAGAGCUAUUGGAAUGUGCACAUCAAGUUCUCUCAAGAAAUUCCUUCUAAAACGGGGAAAGUUGGUGUCUAUUCAUCUCUCCCAAGGUAUAGCAGUGGCUGAAUUGGAGUUUGAUCAUCCUGACUAUGUAUCUAAAGCAGAAAAGUCGUGGAAAAUGAUUGCUGGUGCACUUCAACAUAUGCUCGGUCAUAACGUGGAACUAAGAAUAAACCUUGCAUGUAAUGCGUCAAACAAAGACGUGAAGUUCAAGAAACCGUAUUUCAGUCUUUUCAGUUGCUCACGCAGAGUGCAUCUGAGGUCACAGUUUUCUGCAGAAAGUACAAGCAAUGCUUCAGAAACCUCUGACUCAACUCCAACAGCAGUCAUAACAAGGGACAAAUAUGUUGAAACGUGUUCCUCUGAUUGGACGUCUCAAGUCUCACAUACAUGUUGCCGUGGAAAGGAGCUUUUCAGGACCAUAAGAAGCAACAAUGGAAAUGCUUUAAGCAUUGGAGUGAGUACACGCAAUGACUUCUUGCAAGAUAGCACCGCAAGAGGGGAUCAGUCAGGAGCUUAUCCAUUGACCAAGCAAAUUGACAAAGGUUGUCCAAAUUCAGUCUCCUUCAAGCCCGAAAGUAAACCGGGGAGUCGAAAGGAGCACUCAAAAUUUCAUUGUUGGAGAACUGCCAUGUUUCCUUUCCGCAAGGCAUGGCAACUGAGGCAUCAUCAGCCCCGGAGCGAGUGCUUGGUCGAAUACGCCCUACAUUGUGCUGCUGCAAACUAGCUCAUCAGCCGACGUUGUGGACGAAACUGACUAUUCCAACAAUUGUCAAGAUACAUUUUCGUUCGCCCGUACACAAACAACGGGGUAAUCAUCUGUUUUUGUAGCAAGAAACUGCUGUUUCUCAUUACCAGUAAAUGAAGUUCAUCUAUAGAAAGUGUUGAGAUUUCCUGAAACUCUGGUCUCUGAAUUCAUGUUUGUCUGCUUUGUCUCCUUCAUUUCUUUCUCAAUGAAUGCUAUAAGAAAAUUCACUCUACACCUCUCCGGUAACUGCGUAAGACAUUAAAUUCAGUUGAGGGCAAAUUAUAGGUCAUGAAGGAACAAGUAUGGAUUGGAUUUUCUAUUCUA